AUGAGUGGUCCGUUAAACAUGGGGUCCUUUGCGAAUCUUCUGGGCAAGGCUAAGAUAGCAUGUGUGGGAAAGGGAGAGGAUGGCUUGCUCUUCAAUCUUGAUGGUUCAGAAUAUUAUUCGGAGUCUCCUGAGAUGUUUUUUCGAGAUAGAAAACGGCGCAUUGACUUUGUUCUUGUCUACAAAGCUGAGGAAACCGAUACCGUCAGUAAGAGCAAGCGCUUCGCCUUUCUCAGUGCAUUAGCUGAACAAAUGAUCGAAAUUGAGGUGGAGAACUGCCAAGGUGAAAUUUUGGCCAAAACGGGCCCUCAGAAGCCAGGGUUCAAAGAUGAGGCUGGUUUCCUUCUGGACUCUAUGGGACAGCCUUCCAGCGACGCCGAUGCUGUUCGUGGCUACGCGCAGACUGGUGAUCAGGAGGAUCGAAAUCCUCUGGAGACCGCUAUCCUGGCAAACGACGACCUAGUCUUUGUGAAACUCCACGCAUCUUGGUCUACAAUGAUUAGAGUUGCUGAGGUUCUGCAAUUCAGAAAGCCUCUGAAACAGGCGAAGGUGGAACGUCUAGAGAUGAGGGAGACGGCAAAAUGUAGCAAGUGUUUUGAACUCGAUCCCAAGUCUAUCUUCAAACUACCGUCACCUUACCGAGCUCCUUUCUCUCGGACCCGGAUGAAUCUAUUUGACAUUCCCGAGGACUAUGACAAUUUCUUUAACCCCACUGAACGUAGUCUAGUAGUAGACUACGUACUAAAGCGGACGGGUACGUGUGAAUGUACCGGCCCUGGAACCUGCCCACCCGUCAAGGGUGGCGACGAUGCCUCACCGCAUUACGUGACCGAGGAGGAUGUGGAGUACGAGCGAAAGACUCGUGCUAGGCCCUUCGAUGUCAAAUUGGCGGAACAUGGCAAGGUCGAUUUGGGUAUUGACCAUCUCAUUAACGAUAAGGUCUUCAUUGCUGCUUUUCCAUUGCACGAUCCGUCUGAGGAGCUGAUGAAUCUAUUGAAACAGAAGGAGGGCGAGGUGGCAGGUUCGAGCAGACCAAAGACCGAGCAGACGGAGGUCAACAUGCGAACCCUUCUAAACGACCAAUGGGGCAGCUUGAAGAAUAUGAUUAAGUUUCAACCACUAGACUACGUUCGACUCUACUUUGGUGAAUCCAUCGCCUUCUACUUUGCAUGGCUGGGCCUUUACACCUACUGGCUCAUCCCUGUGGGUAUUUUUGGUCUCCUUGUCUUCUGUCUUUCAGCCAUUGACAUCUCCGACGACCGAAUUGUGGAUGACGUAUGCAAUCGUGGGUCCGAGUUUGUGAUGUGUCCUACGUGCAGCCAACGGGGUUGCAAGUUUUGGCUAUUGAAUGCCUCUUGUUUGGCCACGAAGAUGACGCAUCUAGUGGACAAUAUUAGCACGGUUCUGUUUGCUAUCUUUAUGUCUAUCUGGGCAACGCUCUUCAUGGAGAACUGGAAGCGCUACCAAAAUGUCCUGGGGCAUCGAUGGAAUGUGCAACAUCUUGAACCUGUGGAUGAGCCACCCCGACCGGAAUUUCUUGCCCUACUCAAAAAACGAGGCUACAAAACGACCGUUAAUUUAAUCACUGGACGUGAAGAACCUAGUAUUCCCUUUUGGAGUCGCAAAUUGCCCUGCACUGUGCUCUCCUUCAGCUCUGUUAUCUUGGGGAUGGUCCUCUGUUUGGCUGCUCUUAUUGGUGUCAUCUUUUACCGUCUCAUUGUUAACACUCUUCUGUUGCAACACGAAAAUGUAUUCAUUAGCUCUAUGGCAGGAAUAAUUACUACUGUGACCAGCUCCUGCAUUAACUUGGUCUGCAUCUUCAUCCUGAAAUUGGUAUACGACAAAAUCGCGGUCAAACUGACAGAUAUGGAGAAUCACAGGACUCAGUCGGAGUACGAUGACAGCUUGACGUUGAAACUCUACCUUCUGCAGUUUGUCAACUUCUAUUCGUCGAUUUUCUACAUUGCCUUCAUUCAGGGAACCACUGCCGGUCUGCCCGGUGACAGGAGCAUCCCAAUUCGUUCAUCUGGCUGUGACAAUGGAAAUUGUCUCUUCCAACUUUUUAUCCAAUUGGCCAUCAUAAUGGUCGGCAAACAAUUUCUUAACUUUGUGACGGAAAAUACUCUUCCGCCGAUUAAGCGGUGUCUGGUCGUCUAUUUUGCGCAUCGACGCUCAAUGAGAGAUCGGGGUGCAUUGGCAGAGAAGGUGUCCGGAGCUCAGUACGGCUCGAUGGAGUCGGGCGCUCUCGAGAAAACACCGCUGACGAGUGGCGACGGACGACCGAUUUUGUAUAACUGCCGCGCCAACUUCACUCUCCUCGACGGCGGAUCACGACCACUCUUUGAGGAGUAUCUUGAAAUGCUGAUCCAGUACGGUUUCAUCACAAUGUUCGUUCCCGCCUUCCCCGUUGCUCCACUAUUCGCUCUGCUCAACAACAUGUUUGAGCUACGCACGGAUGCAAAGAAGUUUUUGCGUCUCCUCCGUCGACCGGUUAGAAAGCGAGAAAAUGGAAUUGGCAUCUGGUUCGGCAUCCUAACUGCCAUUUCCGCUCUGGCCAUUCGAACAAAUGCUUGUUUGAUCGCCUUUACUUCGGAGUACCUUGUACGCAUGACCUACAUACUCUACUACUCGCCUAACAGGACCCUGGAGGGCUACCUCGACUUCACUCUCUCCUACAUGAAUGCCUCGCGAUUCGAUUUGACACCGAAGGAUGAAGUGCUGUUGAAAAAUUCAACCUAUUGUCGGUAUCGCGAUUUUCGUGAACCCCCAACUGCGCCUGACCCUUACGCCUACACUCCGGUGUACUGGCACGUCCUGGCUGUGAAAUUCGCCUUUGUUUUUAUUUUUGAGAAUGUGGCUCUAGCCUUGACAGCCCUCAUCGCCCGAUGCAUUCCUGACAUGCCACAGAACCUCACCAUUAUCUCACGUCACGAGGCUCGCGUUGUCAACGAGCUUCUUCUCCAGAACGAGGAAAUUGAGGAUAAAGAGAAGUCGUUCGAACCGCCAACUCAACAACCGGCCAUUGGUUUUAGUAGUGUCGAAAGUUUCAAGCCUGAAGAACAGCUCUUUACCGGAAUCGGCUUUUUGCAAAAAUGA